UUGAACAGUAACUGGAGGUGUGUGUCGUAGCCGUGGUGAACUGUUCUCCAAGGUGUUACUAGGACGUGACGGUGUAUUAAAUGUUUAUCAUCCCUUUGGGAAAGUGAGUGAGUUAGUGCAGCAAGUAUUAGCGAGUAUCAGUGCACGCGCGUGUGUUAGUGUGGGGGGGAAGCGGAAGUCUGAACACCAAAGGCUUCCCCGGUAGUGGUGGUGGUGGGGGGCGACGACCACCCCCCAACACACACACUAUAUAUCUUUCUUUCCCAACACCUCAGCGCCCCGUCUCCUGAACGACUGACGUCUGCCUCGGCGAUCUGAUCUCCACCACCCUCGAGUGAUCAGGUGACGGGAGAGGCGGAGGAUGCCGCUGGGGCGAGGUGCAAGCUGUCCCAGAUGUUUCCUGGCAUUGGGCGCCGCCCACGACUGACAGGGCAGAGGGUAGACCGCCCCACACCACCCCCCAUAUCUCCAUGUCUGACUAGCAUGGCUGCCGCUGUGUCCAACAUGGACAAGCGAAUUAUGACCUACUCUUAGGAUAUCAAAAUGCUUCAAUUGACUUUACAGAAGAAGAGAUAUAUGUAGAUACUGUGGUGUUAAUGUAACAUUCAACAUGGCCAACGUGCUUGCUAAGAUCCCUCUUUAAAGUUGCUAAAGUGGAGACGUGAAGCGCGCAGCCAGCCAGCCAGCCAGCCAGCCAGCACACGGGCGCGACAAUGGGCGACUUGCGGGUUAAUGGCGGGAGUCGCUUUGUGAGCGGCGGUGAGGCUGGCGCCAAGGACUGGCAGGCCAGCGACACCCACGAGACCGACAGUGGCAUCCACAGUGGCGAUGAUGUCGUCGACCGAGUCUCUGCUGCUGGGGACCGAGUCGCUGCUCCUGGGGACCGAGUGAGCUCUGUGAGAGCUCAUCCCCACGCGCCCCUAAGGAGUACAGACGCGAAUAAAUACAUCUGUACAGAAAGAUUAUUAAUAAACAUCGUGGAUAUGGAAGCAGGGGAGGACUCGUCUAAUAAAGCUUUACAUGACAAGUCUAGUAAAGUUUUAGAGGACGCGUCUGGUAAAGUUCUCAUGGAAGGAAAAAGUUGGGAAAGUCAAUUCCCCAUCACUGAAGUCGAUGAUAACCUAGAGACCAUUAACGUAGACGGAGGUGGUCCAGGAUCCAGCAAACACUGCGCCAAGUUGGACAAGAAACACAGAGAAAGAAAAAAAUAUCCAAACUUUGGUCCGAAAGGAACAUCUGAAUCCCCGGAGAAGAGGUUGAAUGAGCAGAUAACAGCAGAGGCGAAGACAAAGCAGCUGCAGACGUCUCUAGUGGAAGAUGGACAGACAGAGUCAUCCGAUGUCUCCUCAACCUCAUCUGAGAAGUCGAAGACAAAAGAAAGUGGACCUGCGGAAAUUGAUGCGAUAAAGUUAGAGAUAGAGAGCGUUGUUGUGGACAACGAGAGGAUGUCGACAGCAGGAAGCGAAGCUGAGACGACCUGCGAGUCUGAGAUGAGACUGACUCACCUUGGCUCAGUCGGACACAACGGGCCCUUGCAAGGCGCAGACAAAGUGGAGGUCCUUGUCGAUUCGCCGACGGGAACAAGCAGACAUCUUGAAUCGCCAGAAACCUUAAGCACCAAUCCAGAAAUACGGGUCCCAGCGGAAGACACAAGCGUGUCCGACACCGCGGAGACAUCCGAUGGUGUCUCUCAGAGCUCCAGUGACGGGUCGAAGUCGCCUAUUACCUGCUCAGAUGGUCCCCCGAUCACGCCAUCCAAAAAGUUUGUCUCGAAGUCACUUAGCGAUGGUAACAUUCUUGCAGAUCCCGCGCGACUUCGCCUCUUUCAGCGCUUAGAAGCCCGCGGGCCACACCGAGCGGUGCCCUUUAGCCUCGACAUCCAAGAGGAACUUCCUGAAGACGAGGACGGCAACGACUGCAAGGAAUCCAAACCACGUAUAAAGAUUGAACGUAUGGAGCUCCGUUCCAAGCCCAAGGACACGUUGAUCGUGCCAGGGGAACGCCGCGCCAGCAGGAGUCUGGACACACCGCGUCGAGGAUUCCGUCGAGGGUCCUUGGGCGUGGCCCGUGAGGACAUCUCUGUGUCCUCACCCUCCAGCUCUGAGGAAGACAAGACCAGAGGAGACUCCCAGUCACUCUGUCCUGGUAAACAGGUGUUGACCGACCAGGUGACUCUACACACUCUCGCUGCGCCCGUUCCUGUCCACUACACCGCCUCCGGCCAUAGAUGUAAAGUGCAUUCAUACAAGGUGAGAGAAAUUCAAGAACGAACUGACAAUAAAUCUUCAACCCAGGAAAGCCACCCAGCACCUCUUCCUCUCAAAUCUUCAGGGACCAUUGUACUAGUCCCCGACCCUUCAAACCCAUUGUCGGAUGAUGCUCCAGCUCCUGGUCCGGUCUCGGACAUUACUGUGAACGUUACUGAACCUACUGCAGCUGUAACACCUGCUCCUGUUACGGCAGCAACCCAGAAGCCGACGACUUCUUAUCCACCAUCUCCUGCUACAUCUCCACCCACAGUACAUACAUCCACUGAACCUUCUACACCUGCAAUAAGUCCUGCUGUUGCUACUAAACCAUCGGGAGCUUUACUUCCACGACCCACAUCUCCUGGUAUGUACUCAUCUGACUCAGCAGAUGAGGAUGUCUCUGUGGGAACGCCACCUCCACCUUCACGGAAAUAUCACUUCUCAGCUGCCGAUUUCCUUCACGACACUACACCAACAACCUCCAAUGACAGCACAACAAUGUCAACACGAAGUCGGACCGCCAAGAAGAACAAGCAGAAGACGAAGACCAAAGAUCAGAGUUUGCUGCAACCAUCAAGAAAGAAGUAA